AUGGAUACAAAUACAUUCCUCACUUUUAUUCUUCUUGUUUCCUUCUUUGUCUCUUUGGCUCCUUAUUUAUCAGAGGCUAGGCCAUUGUUUAGGCCUUCACAAAGCAAUGAAGGUGCCAUUGGAGAGAUGAAUGGAGUUUUCAGGACUCUGAAAGGAGCUGGUCCAUCUCCUGGUGUUGGACACAGGAUAAAAAAUCUUCAAACUAUUCAAGGGAUGAAGCAUUCUGGUCCAAGUUCUGGUGGUGUUGGGCACAAGCUUCAGAGUUUUGAAGGCCAUAAGGUUAACACAGUUCAUGUUCUUGGUGUGACCAGUCACUCUGGUCCUAGUCCUGGUGAAGGACACAAGUAUAAAACCAACAACAACAACAAACAUUCUUAA